AUGUCCGACACUCCACCUGCCCAACAACAGUCCCGCUUCAAGGCACCAUCGAACCUAACCACCUCCGAACGCCUGUCCACCAACACAGUUGGCCUCGUCGCCCUCUCGGACUUCCGCAAGCGGCGCGCCGAGGUUCUCGAGCAGCAGGAGCGCGAGGCUCGAGAAGCCUUGCGCUCGUCAGGCACCAACACACCUGCGGGACGCUCACCUGUGAAAAGGGCAAAGAAGGGCAAGGCCGGAAAGAGGGCGCUGGUUUCGUUUGGAGAUGACGGCGAGGAAGAGGAGGAAGAGAUGAAGGAGACGGAGAAGGAGAAAGAGAAGGACAAGGAAGCGGACAAGGAGGCACGCGAGGACAGCGCAGACCCCAGCGCCGACAGCGAUGCCAGCGGCAAAAAGAAACCUGCCAAGAUCACAGCCAAUGCCUCCGUGGGCAUCGUACCGCGCGCGCUGACAAAGGCGGCGCUGCGGCGUGAGGCUGCGGAGCGGGAGGCGCUGCGGAAAGAGUUCCUCGUACUGCAGGAGGCGGUCAAGAACACCGAGAUCGCGAUCCCCUUUGUCUUCUACGACGGGACCAACACGCCUGGCGGGACGGUUCGCGUGCGCAAGGGCGAGUUCGUGUGGGUGUUUCUUGACAAGAGUCGCAAGGUGGGCGCCCAGCUGGGCAUCGGCAGCGAGAGGAACACCAACGUGAGGAAGGAAUGGGCGCGCGUGGGCGUUGACGACCUGUUACUGGUGAGAGGGACGAUGAUCAUACCACAUCAAUACGAGUUCUAUUUCUUCAUCAUGAACAAGUCUGUUGGCCCAAAAAACGUCCGGCUGUUCAACUACAGCACCGAGCCCCCUCCCCAGGAGAGGGCCUCGAUUGAUGAUUCCGACGAUACACCUCCUCCAGCCAACGUCCUCUCGAAGCCCAAGGGCGGGAUCAACAAGAACUUGGUGGAUAUCAAGGAUCUCGAGGGCGCAGGCGAUGAUCCGACCUUCACAAAAGUCGUCGAUCGGCGGUGGUAUGAGCGGAAUAAGCACAUAUAUCCUGCCAGCCUAUGGCAGGAGUUCGAUCCAGAGAAGGACUAUACGAGCGACGUCCGGAAAGAUAACGGCGGGAACACUUUUUUCUUCUCGAGGUGA